UUUUCAAUGAAAAUUAUCUCACAUAUAAAAUGAGUUAUUUCUCAAAUUUUCGUGGGCAUUAAUCUUGGCAUGGCUUCUCCUUGGCUCAUAAUCUCUCUGGUUUUAUCGCUAUGCACUAAUCUCUCUCUAUCAGCUGACGUUUUCCUCAGCAUCGACUGCGGAUCAUCGCUCCCGUACCGAGAUGAAAGCGGGAUCGCUUGGGUGGGCGACGACGAAUACGUCAAGAGCGGCGAAUCCCGUUCCGUCAAGCCUCUAUACUCCCUCUCCCACGUAUGGGACACCCUGCGCGUGUUCACCUCGCGGAACAGGAACUGCUACGAGAUCGGCUCGGUGAAGCCGGGGCGUGUCCUUGUACGCGCAAGCUUUUACUACGGGAACUACGACGGCAAGAAUUCGCCUCCCGGUUUUGCUCUCAGCUUCGAUGGGAACAUGUGGACUGAUGUCCAGACGUCGAAUGAUACCGAGCACUACUACUACUAUGAAGUGAUUUAUGUGAUGAAGAGGGACUCCAUUAGCGUAUGUCUUGUUCAGACAGAGGCAGAGCAGUUCCCCUUCAUAUCGGCUCUCGAAAUACGCAGGUUGGAGUCGGACAUGUAUAACCAUGUCGACGACGAUUAUCCGUUGUUCAGGCGGAGACGGGUUGCUUUCGGCUCAGAUACCUAUUUUAGCUUCCCGGACGAUCCUUACGACAGAAUAUGGGGUAUUGGAGUUUAUGGAAACGGGUCGAUCCCAGUUUCGGGCAACGCGACCUUUAGUGAUGUGACGUCGGCGAGUGAACGUCCGCCGGUUGCGGUGCUCAAGAAUGCGAUCACUGCAACAACCCCAAAUGGAAGCAUAGAAUUGCUGAUGGGAUUUCCUUCAUAUAAAAUCAAUGUCUACAUAAACUUGUACUUCUCCGAGCUGACUCGGCUCGGAGCAGGCCAGAACCGGUCGUUCAGAAUUUUCAAUGAUAACAAGUCCUCCUCGAAACCAAUCAUUCCUCCUUAUGGAGACUGUGCUGAGAUGUAUGUGAGCAACAUUACAGUUUCCUCGAAUACCACAGUUUCACUUGUGCCGACCAAUGUCUCUACACUCCCACCUCUCAUCAAUGCUUUGGAGAUAUUCCGAAUCUCAGACGACAAGUUAACCAAUGGCACCAACAAGAAAGAUGUUGAAGGCUUAGCUUCACUGCAAGAAAGAUUUAGUGUGUUACAAAGUUGGAGCGGCGAUCCUUGUCUGCCUGCGCCUUAUACAUGGGAUUGGAUCAAAUGCAAUCUUGACCCUAUUCCUCGAGUAACAACACUGAUUCUCGAUGGCUACGGCCUGUCUGGGUUGCUUCCGGAUUUCAAAUCCAUGGAUGCUCUUCAAACAAUAAAUCUUAACAACAACAGCUUGAGAGGGCCUAUACCUGAUUUUCUUGGGACUUUACCCAACCUCAAAAUAUUGAAUCUUGCCAAUAAUCAGUUCAACGGCACCGUACCAGCCUCCUUGUCAACAAAAAAAGGCCUAAUUUUAAUGGUAUCUGGGAAUCCUGACCUGUGUACGACGUGCCACGGACCAGCCAUUGCUCCAACACAGGUGAACUCAUCAAUCAAGAAGAAGAACAUUCUAGAGUUACUGUUUAUCGCCACGAUUGCGUCUGUGAUCAUAUUAUAAUCAAGGAAGAAUUUGUUUGUGUUAGCAAAUGUGCAUCAGUUUGUGCAGAGGGUGAAAUGAAUUUGUUUGUGUUAUCCAAGCUUACAUGAAAAUGAAUUAUUAGCUGACUGAAAAAGAAAGAACAGUAUUGUAUCAAUAGCUUAAUGCAUGCAAGAAGUUCAACAACAUUGCCACUGUAUUUUUAAUCAUGCCAUGUUGGGAUUAUGAUAAUCCUAUGAUGUUAG